AUGGCAUCAAGCGUCAUCUCAAUCGAAGACCAGCUGCAGCAGCAUGCCUUGACCAAAACCCUCCGCUCAGAGGGCCUAUCCGAGUCGCGAUAUUACCAGAAUGUCCCUAAAUCCAUGGAGUCCGAGAUGUUCACCGUGGGCAGUCUCCUGGGUCCCAACAAACUCGCAGUCCGCCCGCUGGCCUUCUACCAAACCGGAGGAGGAUCGUUCUAUCUGAUCCUCUACGUUGGGGCGGGUUUGGCCGGCUACCCUGGCAUGAUUCAUGGUGGGCUGCUGGCGACUAUCAUGGACGAAGGGAUGGCCGGUUGUGCUAGUGCGGCGCUGCCCAAACGCGUCGCCGUUACUCUUGGAUUGAAUGUAGAGUAUCGCAAGGCGGCCCCAACCGAAUCAUUCUACGUGCUUAAAGCGAGGGCCACGAAGGUGGAGAACAACGCGGCAUGCGUGGAGGGUCGGUUGGAGAUUCUGGAUGACCAGGGCAAGGAGGCAGGGGAGGUUGUCACGGAGGGACGGGGUCAUUAUCUGCAGCCGGCGGUUACUCGGGCCCGGACACUCUCAAAGAUGGGUGACUUGGCCACUUUGCCUCAUGUCACCCUGGUCACCCUUGAUGUGACCAAUGCGGACAGUAUACAGGCUGCGGUCGGUGUCGUAGAAAAGGUCACUGGAGGUCGACUCGACUAUCUCGUCAACAAUGCAGGGAUGUUCGCCUCCAUCCCCUUCUUGAUGUUCCACUGGAAGACGCCAGACGACUAUUUGACACAAACGUGUGGGGGAGCGGUUGUCAAUAUCAGCUCGAUGGCCAGCUACAUGCGCGUUCCCUGGAUUGGGCUCUACACUAUGUCCAAAGCGGCCUUGAACAUGCUUGGAGAAACAUUGCGACUAGAACUGUUACCAUUUGACGUCAAGGUGUUUACAGUAAUCACGGGGGCCGUGGACACGCAGAUCUUCGACAACGGUGUCGGGGUGACACUUCCGGAGCACUCUCCCUAUCACCCUUUCCUCGAAAGCAUCGAGAAGCAGGCUGGCAUCAAGGCCGAUGAAGACCUAUUUCCCUCAUGGAUGACAGCUGAUCAAUUCGCCACCAAGGUGGCCAACGAGGGAAAGACAGGUCUUACCUGGAGAAGGGCCCGUGCGUCGCUGGUUCGUUUUGUGACGAGCUGUGUCUGGACAGGACUUAUUGACUCUUGCCGAGAUAUUUUCGUCGGAUCCUGGUCCCUCCUCGAGUACAAGACCACUGAUCUGAAUGGAGAUGAUAUAGCCUAUCCCAUGGGCCAGUCGCCACGGGGCCUUCUGAUGUAUACAGCGGACGGAUACAUGUCCGCUCAAUUACUGAGCCAGUCACCCGAGACGCAACCUUCUACUCAGUUCACGGUCAACGAUUAUGUGGCAUACUCCGGUCAAUUCGAGAUCGACCAGCUUCGCGCGGAGGAGAACAGCGUGCGCGUGAACCACUUGGUCUCCGUGGCUUCGUUUCCAGACUGGAUUGGUCAGCUUCAGAGUCGGGUCGCCAGGUUCGACGAUGGCGACAGACUGUUAGAGCUCAAGACAGCCAGCCCCACAUUUCUAGCGGGCCGACAAUGUCACGCAACUCUGCAAUGGCGUAAAUCUUCCGCCGGAGGGACCGAGUAG